AGGCAAACAACUGGAUAAUUCAGGCCAUUAUGAAGCAAUUUGUAAAGUAUAUGAAAAAUUAUUUUCAUCUAGAAAACUAUCAAUAAUAGAAAACUAUAUUAUUAGUGAAUAUAAACUUGUUUCUGAAAAAUUAGAUGAAUUUUUGGAAAGUACAGCUAUAUCAGAAAAACUCAUUGAAUCAAUAAAUAGAGCACUUAUUAAAGUAUUU